AUGCGAGCGAAGCAAAUCCCAUCAUCCUGGACAAGAUCCAAAUCCCAAAUCCUCCUCCUCUUCUCCACAGUUUCCCUCCUAGCUCUUUCUUUCUUCUUGUUCCUCUCUUCUCCCUCCGACCUGACCCGUUCCUCCACCCACUCUUUCCCGCACCCGCCCAUCCGACCCGAAACCUCCUUCGUCGCUUCCCUCGAAUACUUCCUUACUCACAAAGCUCCCAGUCACCAACGCCGUGCUUCCGACGACACGGUGGGUACGGUGCUCGAAGAUGACGUCAGGAAACUCGACGAGAGGAAGUUCGCCAAGGAAAUGGAGUGGGUGCACGGUGAUCCAUAUUACCCGAUGAACAUGCCGGUCAGGGUUUACGUGUACGAAAUGCCGGCGAAGUUCACCUACGAUUUGCUUUGGUUGUUUCGGAAUACUUACCGAGAGACUUCUAAUCUCACCUCCAACGGCAGCCCCGUCCACCGUUUGAUCGAACAGCAUUCUAUUGAUUAUUGGCUUUGGGCGGAUUUGAUUGCACCGGAUUCAGAAAGGCUUUUGAAAAAUGUAGUGAGAGUUGAUAGGCAGGAGGAUGCUGAUUUAUUCUAUGUGCCAUUCUUCACUACGAUUAGCUUUUUCUUGUUGGAGAAGCAACAAUGCAAGGCUUUAUAUAGGGAAGCCUUGAAAUGGGUGACAGAUCAGCCUGCAUGGAAACGAUCUGAAGGAAGGGAUCACAUAUUUCCCAUUCAUCAUCCGUGGUCCUUUAAGUCGGUUCGCAGAUUUGUGAAAAAUGCAAUUUGGCUUUUACCUGACGUGGACUCAACAGGGAAUUGGUACAAGCCAGGGCAAGUUUCACUGGAGAAGGACCUCAUUCUCCCUUAUGUUCCAAAUGUUGAUUUAUGUGAUACAAAAUGCUUAUCAGAAAGUGAAUCAAAGAGGACAGCACUGCUUUUCUUCCGUGGACGACUUAAAAGAAAUGCUGGAGGAAAGAUACGUGCUAAACUUGUGGCAGAAUUAACAGAUGCCAAGGAUGUAGUCAUAGAGGAGGGAACUGCUGGGGAGGGAGGGAAAGCUGCUGCUCAGAAGGGGAUGCGCAGGUCUAUAUUUUGUUUAAGUCCAGCUGGUGACACUCCUUCCUCUGCUAGAUUGUUUGAUGCUAUUGUCAGUGGGUGUAUCCCAGUUAUUAUUAGUGAUGAAUUGGAGCUUCCUUUUGAAGGAAUACUUGAUUAUAGGAAGAUAGCUAUAUUUGUUUCUUCAACUGAUGCUGUGCAAUCUGGUUGGCUUCUAAGAUAUUUAAAAGGCAUUAGCUCUACUCAGAUCAGAGAAAUGAGGAGGAACCUUGCAGAGUACUCAAGGCAUUUCGUGUACUCUAGUCCUGCUCAACCCUUGGGUCCAGAAGAUCUAGUUUGGAGAAUGAUGGCUGGUAAGUUGGUGAACAUCAAGCUCCAUACUCAGAGAUCACAGCGUGUAGUUAAGGGAUCAAGAAGUGUGUGCACUUGUGAUUGCAGGCGUGGCAACAUCACCAUUUCCACUCCUCUCUCUUGAUCGUUCUUGCUCAGUUGAGGUUACUGUGUAUUAGAAUCAUUCUUUAAACAUACAUGUAUGUGUAAGGCUUCCUCUUAAAAUAUAGUAGUUAACUUUAAUGUUCAUUCCAAAUUUGUCAUGUUACAUAUUUAAUUUGGCCGGCAUGCAUAUUGGUGUGCCUCUAUUCAAAGCUUUCUGUGUUCAGAUUA